CUUUGUACCAGACCAGACCAGCUACGAGGCACGGAGCUUGUUGGUUUCCAUCACAUUUUAUGCUCAACGGCUGCUAGUCGUACUGCAGACUCGACGAGAGUAACAGUGAGUUUUGUGCGCUCGGUCCAUGCCGCAUAGUAGCAAGAUUACAAAUUAGUGAAUCCAAUAACGAAUUAAAAAGAAAGUGAGCGUAUAGAAAAGAAGCAAAAAUCUGAGUUGUUGAAAUUUUCCCGUAGAGAUGUUAGAAAGUGAAAAUACAGCAAGUGUAGAAAAAGGGAAAAUUGUUGCAAAUUUGAGCCAAAAAUAACGAGUGAGUACGUGAAGAAGCAAUGCGAAUCAGGCACGGUGAAAUUUGAAUGUUUGAUCCCUUAGAAAGAUACCAAGAGUGACGAAGUGAAAUAUAAGACAUCAAAAAUCAUCAAAAUAAGCAUUGAUGUGCGUGCAGUAAAAUGGCCUCAUCUCCCACGCCAUCGCUAGAAUCAUUACCCGGUGCAUCAAACUCGAUUGGAUCAUACGGUGAGCCAGCGGACUAUCUGUCGGACUCUCCCCUAACUACCCUCAGCGGUUCUGCGACAGGUUCUUCGCCCCCGGCCAGUGACUCUGCCAUCUGCGACGACUACGUGACAGCUUCGAGCCUAGAAUCGGCCCAGUCGAACAGCUCGGAAUCGCUGUUCCCCCGGUGCACCGGCUGCAAGAGCAAACAGUCGGAUGCUGUUGCCAAGUGUAUUGAUUGUGUGAACUUUCUCUGUGCCAAUUGUGUAACGGCCCAUCAGUUUAUGCAUUGUUUUGACGGACAUUCGGUGUUUCGUAUCGGGAGCUCAGCGUCCAGUACGGGGUCAACGACCUGCACGACAACGACCAUCGCAAACGGAGGGCUCGGCUCACUGGACGCAAGCUUGUUGGCAAACAACAUUCUCAACAGCAGUAAAAUGAUGAACGGCUUCGAGCCUGCCCCACAUCGCCUGACCUCGCUGAAUCUAACCAUAAAGGACGAAACCAGUAGUCUGGUGAAAUCAAUCAUGAAUAAUGUGAUAUCGCCACCCACAUCCAACGGAACCGGUGGAAACGGUGCAAAUGGAAAUCUUCCAAUCACCUCCGUCAAUCAGCUCAACAGCCAGUUGUCAGCGCUGAAUGUCAACGGCGUGGAAAUGAACGGCCAGAACAAGCCAAAUUACUUCUGCAAGCGUCACAGCAACGAACUGCUGAAGUUCUUCUGCCGUACUUGCAGUGUGCCCGUUUGUAAGGAUUGCAUGCUAAUGGAGCACCCGAACGGAGUGCACGAAUGUGAACACAACCCAGACUCGACCCCGAAGCAAAUCGAAAGUCUUCUACACACGGUUAGCGAAGUCCGAGCCAAGGCAACCGAACUGCGGACGCUAAUCAAGAACGUAGAACACAACUCACAGCGAAUUCAGGUGCAAUAUCACAAGGCCCAGAACGAAAUUACCGACACGCAUCAGUUCUAUCGCUCGAUGCUUGACGAGCGCAAAGCGGAGCUGCUUAAAGAACUCGAAAGUUUCUACAAUACGAAGAAUAUGUCCCAAUCGGUACUGCUGACCAAGAGCCAGGAUCAGGUCGACAAGGUGCUGCAGAGUUGCGAGUUUGUCGAACGCCUUAGUAAAUGUGCCGGCCUAGCGGAGACAAUCAUGCUGCGAAAGUUUAUGGAAAACAAACUCCUUCUCUUCCCGGCCAUCACGCAAGAUCUGCAAUCAUCCUACGAGCUGGAUUUCGUCUCAAACUACCAAGCGAUUCAGGUUGGCGUUCGGAACACAUUCGGCUACAUUCGUUCGACCUCGGAUGUCACCUCCUCGACCAAGCAGCCCCCGAUCGCCCGACCCACAUCGACCAACAACUCGAACGCAUCCAACGGCAUCAUCGGAUCCAACAGUUUGAUCAUGACCAAUGGCAACAGCCCGUCCAGCAGCACCGGAAGCCUGAACCUCAUCCAGCAGAACCCCAUGAUGGUCAACGGAGGCGGCUCCAGUCACCUGAUGGACAGCAGACCGUUUUCCAACGCCAGCAACAACGUCAACAACAGUCAUCACCUGUCCACUUCACCCUCGCAAUCCAACGGCAGCAUCUCGGCGUUCGACUCGAAUAUCAUUUCCAAACGCUUCAACAGCGCCAACAGUCUGGGACCAUUUGUCGGCGAAGUUCAGCCCCUGCAGCCGCUCAAUCCCUACGAAAAGUGGAGCAACGGUGGCAACGACAUCUUCAACAACGUCAACGACCAAUACACCAUUCCACUGAACCACAUCCCGCAAGAAUCGAUGAUCGAUCUCAGCUCCAAGCUAAUGAACACCAACAUUUUCCCACCGAAGUCGCAAAUCAAGCGACAGAAAAUGAUCUACCACUGCAAAUUCGGCGAGUUUGGUGUAAUGGAGGGCCAGUUUACCGAGCCCAGCGGUGUGGCGGUGAAUGCUCAGAACGACAUAAUCGUUGCCGACACCAAUAACCACCGGAUUCAGAUCUUCGACAAGGAAGGUCGCUUCAAGUUCCAAUUUGGCGAAUGUGGCAAACGCGAUGGGCAGCUUCUGUAUCCCAACCGAGUGGCGGUGGUGAGAACCUCCGGUGACAUAAUUGUGACCGAGCGAUCGCCCACGCACCAGAUCCAGAUCUACAAUCAGUAUGGCCAGUUUGUGCGAAAGUUCGGUGCAAACAUCCUGCAGCACCCACGCGGUGUUACGGUGGACAGCAAGGGUCGCAUUGUGGUGGUCGAGUGCAAAGUGAUGCGUGUGAUUAUCUUCGAUCAGUCGGGCAACGUGCUGCAAAAGUUCGGCUGCAGUAAGCACCUGGAAUUCCCGAACGGUGUCGUGGUGAACGACAAGCAGGAGAUCUUCAUCAGCGACAACCGCGCGCACUGUGUCAAGGUGUUCAACUACGAGGGCCAGUUCCUACGGCAGAUCGGCGGCGAGGGCAUCACCAACUACCCGAUCGGCGUCGGCAUCAACGCCAGCGGCGAGAUCCUGAUUGCGGACAAUCACAACAACUUCAAUCUGACCAUCUUCACCCAGGACGGCCAGCUGGUGUCGGCGCUGGAAAGCAAGGUCAAACACGCCCAGUGCUUCGACGUGGCCCUGAUGGACGACGGCAGUGUGGUGCUCGCCAGCAAGGACUACCGGCUCUACAUCUACCGGUACGUGCAGGUGCCGCCCAUCGGGUUGUAAAACCCGCGAGGCGAACGCCCCCUUCGCCACCAGAAGAACCAUGACCGUGAGACCGCUGCGCCGACUGUGCCCCGUCGAAUCGGCCCGCGCGAAAAGUAUCGAACAAUUAUUAGUGCUGCUGGUCCCCCGUGACAAAGACGACGACGACGAACAGAAAACCAUUCAACACAACCCAAUCAACUCUAGUCCUCGCCCCACCACAACACUGUUCGACGAUUUUGAUGACGCUGACGCGCCCGCUUCAGUGCGUGUGCGUGUGUGUGAGCGAACGCGCGACAGGAAGGACGAAACGGAAAAAAUAUUCCCAACGUACAGAUCGGUUGACAAAACAGCUCGGAACCGUCAGGCCCUGUUCGAAAUGAUGACCGAGAACGAAGCCGAUGAACCCGAGAGAGCAGCACGGGUAAAAAACCGGAAGAUCAACGCGAAUUGCGCCGCUCGGGGGUAGUUUUGUGUAAGCAAGCAUGUGUGAGUGGAAGCGGCGGUGGCAGAUGGCGGGCGCGUACGUUGCGCGCUCGCUCUCUCUCUCCCAUUCGCCCAGCCGCCGUCCCACUCCGGGUCAGAAUUUUUCUGCGUUGAUCCAAGAAUGCUGUGACAUGGUUUUCUUCGCCGCCCGAAACGUUUGGUUCCACGAUUGAAUAGAAGAAGUAGGACGACCGACGUCGAGUGGGACGCCGAAGUGACGAAGAUGAUGAUGAUGAUGAAAGCAUGUGCGUUAUCAAUCUUGGGAACCAGCUGUUUUGCGGCGACGACGGUGACCACGACGAGGACGACGACGAGGGUAGAAAGUGCGGGAACUAGCGACAGAGCAGUAUUGAGAACAGUGGCGCGCACGCACAUACACACGUGCAGCAUGUGGUCGCGUGUACGUGCGGCGGAACGGAGGGAACAGCGCGAAACAGGAAGAACAGUCAAGUAAGAAUUCUUUUUGCGCUCUGAUAACGAGUUUUGAUAAAGAAGGGGGAAGUAUUGUGGUGCUUUGCGCCCUAAAAAAGUGACGGCUUAAGAAGAGAACGCAGAAAAAAGUCGUAAACACAAUGAGAGAUUAUGACAGAAUUAUUGUAGGGUAGGAAGAUCGGAGCCAGAAAAAAAACACACAUACACACACAGCUUUUCUACGUAUUACAGUAAUCGAAGUUCGUGGGACGCAGGGGGUAUUCAAGAGUUGAUUACAGCGACUCAUUAUUAGUUAUUGAUUAAUGCAACAAAUCGAUUUGACUUCUUUAUGACUGAACAAUUGUUAUUGCAAAUGGAUAAGAGUAAGGGUUAGUAUUGUGAACUACGUUUGAUUUUUUUUUAAUAAGUGUAGGCACUCUAUCUCUCUACGGACAGCCCCUGAAUUAUUAUCCUAGUCAGGACCGUCCGGUUUGUAUAUGUUUAUGCGCAUACCUAUUAACGAAAGUCCGAGAAAGGUGUGGCGAGAAAGGACAGCGUGUUUUUAUUACUAUUAUCAGGGUAUAUGUUCGUUCACACAACUAGUUUACGCAAAUACACACAUAUAAACGUACAUUUAUUGAAGAUGUUAGUCAGUAACACACACACAUACAGAUGCGCGGCGUCGCGUUAGUUAAGUCGAUCUAAUUCGAAUUUUUACUAGUGAGAAGGUGUUUUUGUUCAAGUGCUUCUAGAAUUUUUUUUAAAACAAUGUGCUAGCGUACAUUCGAUAAGACUUGGAAAUGUCCGCCGUUGAUCGCGCCCUCCGCGGCGAGGCAACUCGCGCAUCCCAGAUUCGUUAUAAGUGGAAAUUACCGUACAAACGUCGGACAAUUUCCGCAGGUAAUGACCCUGGUGAAGACCGACCGAAACGUCGGUCAAUCGGGGCGUGAUCUACAUCUGACAUUUCCCACCCACCCAAUUAAGCUUACUUGAAUAUCUUACGAAUCUAAGUCGUCGCGAACCCGGCUCAACCGGGCAGCGAACCGUGGCAAACGAAUGUUUCUAUUAAUUUACGUUGAAAAAAUAUCAUCUCCGUGUAGGGUUAAGGUCAUUAGGGAGUGUAAUCGAAACGUGAAAAAUAAUCUAUUACUUAACAAUUGGUAAAUUUUAACAGAAUUGGAUACGGCGAUAAACAAUUAGGCAUUUAGUAGGACACAUAUAUUUAAAACGAAAUAUUUAGGUAAAUUGUUGAACUGUUUUGUAGCGUUUUACGAUAAAAACCAAAAUUUUUCUGAUACGAAUCAGCGGACACCGGAACAGAGCUGCCUGCGCAGGUCCGUCCCACAGUGGGACCGGACGCGCAGUCAAAGCGUCAAAAUGUAACAUAAAUUGCAGCCGCCUUUUCCAUUUUCCGGUACUUCAGAUUCUAUCGCGCCAGCCAAUUUCUCUCCUCUUACUGAGACCAAUAACGUGUUUUCCGAUAGGAUACUUUUUCAAAAACAAACGUAACUGCCGGUAAUUUAUUCUAAUAGUUUUCGUUUCGUUUUUUUUCUCUCUUAUAUGUAUGUGUGUGCAUGUUUCCUAUUUUUGCUUAUUUAUUUCUCCAGUAGCCGCUUAGAUUUCGAUUGGCGCACCCUCUCCGAUCCGCUGUGUCGGACUAUAACGGCGAUCGAUUAGGAGCAAGAGAGUGAAAAAGGCAGAAAGAGAGAGGGGCCAACAAUAGUUUUUUGUUUGUUUUGAAGGGAAGAGAACGAGAGGAACGCAGUCAAACUCCUCGAAUCCACACAGUAGUGUUAAUGUUUCCUAUCUGUGUUCAAUUGUAAAGCUCUGCGACUCCUGCGCGCAACCACAACUAGGGAAAAUGGGAAUUUUCCGAAACCCAGAAAGGGAACUAGUUUUUUUUAUACACGUAAAAUUCGUACAGUGCAGUAUUACUGAUUUUUUGUUUUUGUUUUUUGCUCGUUUACUUAUAAGAUCAAGGAGGAAUCCAGUUUUUUAUACAAUUGUAUUUAGUCUUUUCCUUUGCGUAAAACUUGCGUGCUGUAGCUUUUUUUCUUUCUAUCAAAGCCGAUUAUGAUGAAACAAAACAAACAAUAAGUGUCUGUAGAAAGUAUCUCGUUAACGUUUAAGGCAAGCAAGUCGUCAUAUUUCUGUGUGUGUUUUUGCUACAUAUUACUCAUUUUACCCCUCUUUGAUAGUUAGUGGUUAGUCGUAUCACUUUUAGUUAUCUCAUUUUUUAUUAUUGUAUUUUAUAUAUUAAAGUAAACCUAUUAUUAUUUUGAUAUAUUAUUACUGUGCAUUUAGAAAAGCGAACACCUUUUUAAAUUAAUAUUAUACACCUUUGUUGGUUAUGUUGAUUUUUGUUUUGUUAAAUUAUUACACUUAAGUUUUUGAGUUUAACGAGUUUUGAGACAACCUUUUACACUUGUGUAGUAGAGUGCUUCAGGAAUGCGAAAACAAACAUCAAAACAACGCAUGAACAUUGUAUAUUUUUUAAAGCAACGAAAUUUGAGCAAUCCGUAAUAAAUUGUAAGAUCAGCAAUCAAGAUAGACACAAGCAUUUAAGAAGGAAAGAAAAGAUCGAUAAACAAACGAAAGAAGUCGUGUAAAAUCCAAGCGCUAGGACUUUUCCUUUUACUUCGAUCGGGAAGCAAAGGACAAACUUAAAGACAAAAACAAGCAAAAGCUAGCAACCCUGCGGCGCCGAAACGGGAAGCAAACCAUGGCUUUCACGUGAACCACUCGAAACCAUCGGAUGUUUGACACGUCCGGUUUCGCCGGGUUCACGCGGAUCCCCUCGUCGUUUCCGAAUUCCGCUGCGCGGGAAAUUGUUUUAAUUUUUAUUAGUAAUAAACUAGAAAGUUACUUACUUUUUGAUUAUUUUUAAAUUAUAUACUAUUCGAUGAUUUAUUAACAAAAUAAUUGAAAAAAAUACACAAAAAUAAAAGAAUGAGUUGUUUAGAUAAAA